UCCCAUGAUGAAUCACGUGAUGAGUCCCGUCAUGAAUCACGUGACGAGUCCAGUGAUAAGUCUUGUGAUGAGUCCCGUGAUAAAUCACGUGAUGAGUCUUGUGAUAAUUCACGUGAUGAGUCCUGUGAUAAAUCAUGUGAUGAUUCCUGUGAUGAAUCCCGUGAUGAGUCUCAUGAUGAAUCACGUGAUGAGUCUUGUGUUGAAUCCCGUGAUGAUUCAUGUGAUGAGUCACGUGAUGAGUCUCGUGAUGAAUCACAUUAUGAGUCUUAUGAUGAAUCAUGUGAUGAGUCUCGUGAUGAAUCACAUUAUGAGUCUUAUGAUGAAUCAUGUGAUGAAUCCCGUGAUGAAUCACAUGAUGAAUACCGUGCUGAAUCACGUGAAGAUUCUCAUGAUGAAUCAGUCGAUGAGUACUGUGAUGAAUCACGUGAUGAGUCUUGUAUAGAAACACGCGAUGAGUCUAGUGAUGAAUCACAUGAUGAGUCCCGUGAUGAAUCACGUGAUGAGUCCCGUGAUAAAUCACGUGAUGAUUCUCGUGAUGAAUCAUGUGAUGAGUCCCGGGGUGAAUCCCGUGAUGAGUCUUAUGAUGAAUCACGUGAUGAGUCACGUGAUAAAUCAUGUGAAGAUCCUUGUGAUGAAUCCCGUGAUGAAUCACGUGAUGAGUCCCGUGAUAAAUUACGUGAUGAGUCUUGUGAUGAAUCUCGUGAUGAGUCUUGUGAUGAAUCAUGUGAUGAGUCUUGUGAUGAAUCCCGUGAUAAAUCACGUGAUGAGUCUUGUGAUGAAUCAUGUGAUGUGUCCCGUGAUAAAUCACGUGAUGAGUCUUGGGAUGAAUCCCAUGAUGAGUCUCAUGAUGAAUCACGUGAUGAGCCUUGUGAUGAAUCCUGUGAUAAAUCCCGUGAUGAAUCACGUGAUGAGUCCAGUGAUAAAUCACGUGAUGAUUCCCGUGAUUAA